CUUUCCUCUAUACAACGCUGAGAUCACCUUCCUCCGAUCUGCCUUGUAUUUUGUCCACAUCCAUCAUUCAUUACUUCUUUCUUCAGCCACAGUAAAGCCUUUUACCACACUUUGAUUACCUUGACAAUGUCAUUAUCGAAUUUUCCUACUAAUCUCAUUCUUUUAGAAGAUGACGGACAAAACAACAAUAACAGCCCGUUAGAAACCACUUCUUUUAGCAAGCAAGGGGAGAAAGAGAAGGAAAUUGUCUCUGAUCCGAUUUUAAGGUAUUCCGGUAAUUAUUUUCCUCCCUUAGGAGGUAAAAUUUCAAAAAUUAACAAGAUGGCAUAGAUAGCUCGCCAGGGGUUGACAACGAAGAGUACCAUCCGCCUACCUCUGAUCCACCUACUUCUUUUGAGCGCCAUGGUAUCGCUAGUACCAAUUCAGCGUCCCAUUUAAAUGGUAAGCUGUUCCUUCUUCGGUCUUGAUUGUGCAGACGUUUAAUAAUAACUUUGUUUAGAUCAAGGAUUCCGCAACUCUCCGCUGCUACCAUGGCAAAAUCCACAUCCUGCACCUUCUGAUUCCUACCGAUCUUCGGAUGACUUCGGUCAUCAGAAUACUUAUCCAUCCGAACCUCAACAGUAUUUAUACCCUUUCCCUCAUUACCAACCUUCCACUAGCGCACCAUACGAAAACAAUAGCUCUAGCACUCAAAGUUUCGACAGUAAACUCUACGGAAAUCAGGUCCCCCGUGAUCGGCCUUCGAGUAAUAGCCCCUCUAUUGAUGGUCAAACUUUCAACGACCAAUUUGCCAGUGAUCAAAUUUCCAGCAGUCGUUUCUUCGAUAGUCAAGGUCUUUCACUUCACCACAAAAUUCUUGACCAUAUGCAUGGUCUUGAGCUUACUCCUGACGGAUACCCAGUUUUAAGGCCAGGUACCUUGACAAUGAGUAUCAUACCUCCACCCACUCAUGACGAACUCGGCUACCUCACAGCAUGGAUCCCACAAAAUGGUCCCGAAAUUGAGAAUUUCUUUGCUCAAAGACCCAGCAUGCAUCGAUACAGCCUAAAGGCACCACUCCGUGAUCAGUUACAUGGUGUCAUCAGAAUCAUGAUGUUCGAACAAGCAGCGUUCCAACCUGAGAACGACGACAUAAACCAUAGUUAUGAUUUACUUUGCUUGGCUUUACUCCGAGGAUAUAGAAUACAAUAUCUGGGGCAAGCUGCGGAAUUGCAAUGCAUAGCUGCUACACAGAUCAUGCCUUCUCCUCCGCAACCACCAAUCGCCGGCCCUGAACUUCCUUCUUUCGGUUCGACUGGAUUUCAGUCCCUGGCCGGAGGUUACAAUGAACGAGUGAAGGCCACUGACGAAGAUUUGAUUAAGGAGUGGGGCGGGAGCGUAAGAAUCGUUAAUGCACUCGGUGUUGAGCAUGAACGCCUUCUUGAACGUCGCGAGAGUUCAUCUGUCCAUAACAAAAAUCAUCCCGAGGCAAUACGAUUGAUGUUAUAUCCUCCAUCGACCGGAAGUAAUCUAUCCGAUCACGAUAUUCUCCAAAUGGUGCGUAUAAAUCCAGUUGCGAGACAUCAACGUGCAUCAGACGUUUACACUGACCGCGGAGAGUAUAAGCGUAGGUACAAACGCUUCACGGAGAUGUCUGAUGACAUUCUCAGACGUGAGGGCUUGCAACGUUCGUGGAUACCUCGUACGGUUAGCGAUCGUCCAUCUAACAGUGUGGAGCGUGCCGAGCGCGCGAUACAACUCGGCUUAACAGGAGAUCAUAAGCUGUUUGCUGAUGCAGCAGCUGAGAGAACCCGUCGAGCUCAGGCUGGGAUAGACGGAUCAAAUGGCCGAGCAAGAGGAAUGCGUAGAAGAAGAUCUUAGGCAGCAAGACCAGGACAAGCAACUGGAACUUUGGGCGUGGCAAACCCUUUCUUCUGUUACUGGUGGGGAGAAACAGAAUGUUUGGAGUAUGAGCAAAAUGUGUUCCGUGCUGGCUCCUCUGGAGAGCGUACUGCAGGUUGGUUUGGCGGGGAGGCUGGUUCCGGCGUGGAUCGGCAACUGCCACUUCACGAAUCACACCGUGUACCUCGCGCCUCCUCCCUCUUUUAAGGGCCCAACAAUUGUUUGUCGCUCAUGUGUAUGAAGAUGUAGAGACAGAUGAGGAUAUGGAGGUGAUGGUAGGGUGAAGUAGAGGUUAAUUUCAUUUGUCUUUGAAUUACCCUGGGCAGAAUGGGAAUACUUGUGGCAAUUAGAGCUUGAAUCCAUAUCAGAAUAAAUUCUCUUUCACCUAU